UUUUUUAGCUUGUGGUUUGGGCCAUCUCCAGCUCGCCCCGGCCUUGUUGACUUUGGACAAACAGAGAAGUUUACUGGAUGAGUCCCCCGACGCCCCCUGGGGACCGUCACCCCUUGAGUGCGGCGGACAACAGGUCAUGUGACGUCUCGUCGGAUGAAUAGGAAAUACAUUAAGAUUUAGGACGUCAUGCGCCAGAAGGACGAUCGCAUCGAAGAGCUGGAGGAGGCGCUGCGCGAAAGCGUGCAGAUCACCGCCGAGCGGGAGAUGGUGCUGGCCCAGGAGGAGUCCGCCAGGGGCAACUAUCAGAAGCAGGUGGAGGAGCUGAUGAUGGCCAUGGAGAAGGUGAAGCAGGAGCUGGAGUCCAUGAAGGCCAAGCUGUCCUCCACCCAGCAGUCCCUGGCCGAGAAGGAGAUCCACCUGACCAGCCUGCGGGCCGAGCGCCGAAAACACCUCGAGGAGGUCCUGGAGAUGAA